UAACCUCAGAACAACAGUUCACUCAUGAAAUCAAAUGUCCAAUAGAGUGAAUAUUGUGUAUUGUUUACAACAGUACUGCAAACGUCAAGUAGCGGGACUACGGCAAGGUUAUAGGGAGCCAUUUUCGUAGUGGUUGACUAUGAGCAGACGCAUUCUUGAGAUUACAGAUGGGUCGACGUCGAGGUCACGUAGGCGCAGUAGGUCACCACAAGGCUCACCUGAUCCUACUCCACGUAAACGUAAAAGUAGAUGGUCUGCUGCUGAGACAGACCGAAUUUUCAUACCCGGUAUGCCAACUCAGCUUCCUCCAAAUCUCACUCCUCAACAGGAGAAAGUUUAUAUAAUCCAGCUCCAAAUUGAAGAUAUUUCCAGACGCUUGAAAAGUGGUGAUUUGGGUAUUCCAAAAAAUCCUGAAGACAGAUCACCAUCUCCGGAACCCAUAUAUAGUAGUGAUGGUAAACGUCUCAACACAAGGGAAUAUAGAACUCGUAAGAAGCUAGAAGACGAUCGUCAUGCACUUGUCCAGCAGCUGAUGGAUAUUAAUCCGGAAUAUAAACCACCGUCUGAUUACAAAAUAACCGACAAGGUAUUUAUUCCACAAGAAAACCAUCCUGAUAUCAACUUUGUUGGGCUACUGAUUGGACCACGCGGAAAUACCCUGAAAGCCUUGGAAAAAGAAACAGGAGCGAAGGUAAUAAUUCGUGGCAAGGGUUCUGUGAAGGAAGGUAAGGUUGGUCGGAGAGACGGACUUCCGAUGCCUGGAGAGGAUGAGCCUCUCCAUGCCUUCAUAACAGCUCCUACAGCUGAGUGCGUGGAUAAAGCAGUAAAGAAAAUAAAUGAAAUUAUUAGACAGGGGAUCGAAAUCCCAGAAAGUCAGAAUGAUCUUCGCAGAGCCCAGUUGCGUGAGCUCGCUCUACUUAAUGGAACUUUACGUGAGCAUGAAGGAUUGAUGAAACUUCGCGCAAUGGCUGAGGCGCAAUCAAUUGCCACCAAUAAAAUUCAGUGUGGUAUAUGUGGAGGUGCUGGACAUUUGUCAACUGACUGUAAAGCGCUACUGGGUGGUCAGGCGUAUCUCGAUCAGCUGAAUGCUAAUCCAUCUGAAAGGGCUAAAAUGGAUAGCGAAUAUACUGCAUUGAUGGCGGAACUUGGCGUGGGACCAGGUUCUCAAGGAUUACCUCCAGGUCUCAGGGGAUUUGGAACUUUACAAACCCAACCAGCUCGUCCAGCUCGUCAACCUCCUCCUCCUGGUGUAGCACCUGACGAUGACGACGAUGGAGACACUGGGACCAAUGGGACGACUGCCAUAAUAUCAUCCUCAGCUGCCUCAGUCACAGUUUCCUCUCCGAGUCAAUAUGCAUUCACCCUACCACCACCUCCACCUCCUCCAGCUAAUUAUGCACCAGUGAUAGCUCCUGUUGUUCCUUGGUCCGCUCCUGGUAUCGUUGCACCACCACUCCCUGGAUUUCCCCCUACUACUACAUACCCUACAGGUGUCUCCUCAGCUGCUGGAUCAUAUGCCGAGGCAACAGUCGCUACUAAUGGAUCCUCAAUGCAUUCAUGGCAACCUACAGCGUCAUGGGGGGAGGCCGCACCGCAUGUAUCUCCAGUUGCACCCGUUCCUGGUUCAGCACUGGCUGCUCCAUAUUACCUGCAAACACCUGAUUACUGGGCAGGAUAUGCAACCGGCUACGGAGCUCCGAUACCAAAUCAGCCACCACCACCGCCUCCUGGAGUCUAGGUCAUAAUGAUUAUUCUAUCAGCCGUCAUUAUGUGACUUUGUACAGAAUUCGAAGCAUGGAAGGUCUUUGAAAUGCACUAUUAAUAUUCAUUGAUGAAGAUAAAACAUUGUUUGUCAUCGUUAGUAAUUUUUGUACUAAUACAUUUACUCCACUGA